AUGGAGCGCGCUCACAAUGACACUCCCCAUUACUGCGAAGACGUUUUGUUACUCCCACCUCUAAGCUCGAACGAAGCCCUGGUCGGUGACAUAGAUUACAGACUGUUCCAAGAAGAGGUAGUUGCACAUUCUGGCCGGCCUUCAAGCCAUGCCUCAUUCGAUGAGCUACAGCCUGAGGUGGCGUCUCAAGGAUCAAGUGUACACUCUCAACUACCGACAGAACUGUUUGAGUCAUACGGGGGUCUAAACUAUGCCUAUCAAAACCCCUUGAGUAGGGAUUUUCCUGACUUGCCCACGUUCGAUAAUUCUGGGCUCUCUGACAGGGUAGCUUCGGAUAUAUUAUCUGAACGGCAUUCACACAUAAGCUCUUCGUGCGAGAGCCUUCAGCCAGAGCCUUCCAGCACCAGCAUAGGGUUCGGUAGUAGAAGACGAGCAAAAAGAAAGAACCGACGAUUUUCCACUACUGCAGUGAGUAUCAUGCGGUCGUGGCUCGAACAACACCAGGAUUACCCAUAUCCUACCGAGCAAGAAAAGGAACAGCUGAGGCGUGAGACGGGGUUAGAUGUAACCCAGAUCUCGAACUGGUUUACCAAUGCACGUCGUCGCAGACUGGCCGGUAGUGAACCUACGGCACAGACACACCACGCCGAUAAUUCUCUGCUAUCACCACUUGAGAGGUGGCAAAACUCGCCCCCAGAAAGUGAGCCCGCUGAGACGUGCGACAUUUUGCGAGCCCUGGAAGAUAUCCCAUAUACUUCUGACGACAGUAUCACAUAUCCGGCCCGCCGGGAUGCCGUGUCAAGUAAUAGCUCAAGCACUUCGUUCGUGGUAGGGGCUCCCUCAAUCAGCAGCUACGAACACAGUCAGUCCUCCGGCUCUGACAUUUCGUUCAAUCGGUCGAAUCGAACUUGCCAAAGACCACCCACCCCUAUCAUCAAUACAAGACCUCGCCGUCGUCGCCGGAAGCCUCCACAUCCUAAUGAGGCCAAGAACAAACGAAACUCGAAGGGCCAGCGACCGUAUCAAUGCACGUUCUGUUCCGAUACAUUCAAUACUAAAUACGACUGGCAGCGACAUGAGAAGGCACUUCACUUACCAGUGGAUCGAUGGGUUUGCGCACCCCAAGGUGGGCUUAUCGAAGUUGAUGGUACCCGCGUCUGUGUCUUCUGCCAGACCCCAGGCGUAGACUCCGAUCAUCUCGAAACUCAUGGUUACCUCGCCUGCCGAGAGAAAUCAUCAGAGCAACGAAUAUUUACUCGAAAGGAUCAUCUUCGACAGCACCUAAAACUCACACACUAUGUCGACUAUCACCCCUCGAUGGACCAGUGGCGAGAUUCGUUAACGCACAUCAAGUGUCGCUGUGGAUUCUGCGAGGCACGAUUCGACACAUGGCCAGAGAGAGUCGAUCAUGUCGCAGACCACUUCAAGAAGGGUGCAGAUAUGAUUCAAUGGAAGGGUUGCUGGGGCUUCGAGCCUGAUGUUACCAGGUUGGUGGAAAAUGCCAUGCCCCCCUACCUCGUAGGGCAUGAACGGCAAACCAUGGAUCCUUGGAAAACGACGGAUGCUCUUGAUACGGGGGGUAACGAAGUCCUGCCUUUCAUCAAUGAUAUCCCCAACGCCCUAAGCCGCUAUGUUAACCUCAGACGCGACCUUAUUGUUUAUCUACGCGAGCAGGCUGCUGUGGGUAACCACAUUACUGAUCAGAUGGUUCAAGACAAAGCCCGCGAGAUAGCAUACGGAAGCAAUGACCCUUUUGAUCAGACAUAUGCCGAUAAUCCUAAAUGGGUGACAAGCUUGAGACAGGAGGCGGCACUGAUGUCUAUGCCUGAAGCAAAUUGUCUCUUCCCAUAUUGCGAUGAUCCGCCGUCUCAGGAUCCAGCUGCAAGAAGCGAUGUCUCGCAGCCGCCAUUUUCAGAACUUAACUUCAUAUGGGAUAACCUUUUACUGACCGAAGACACGUCGCUAGUUUAA